CGUCGCGAAGAAGAGUUCGACUGGUCCCGAAGAGUACCUUGAUGUCGCGACAGGAAAAAGCCGCGAUAAACUUAUAAUUGAGAGUGUCGUUUGAAAGCCAAGACGCCCAUCUGAAGAUGGCUUGAAUAGAAUGUAUGAUAGUUAUUUUGCGCCUCAAAUUGCCCCGUCUUGCCUGCUGCUAUCUCCAAGUCCUACUUUGAAUACUUACUUAAUCUGUUAAGACUAGAACACUAUGUCUCAACAUUUAAACAGCCCUCUGGAGGAUGAUAAUCCUCCAGAAAGACAGUCUCAGCCACAGUUUGCAGAAAUUGGACUUGGACCCAGUCGUUCAGUGAGAAUUCCUAUUACUCCUGGAGUUUCUGGAGGAUUUAUUCAAUCUGGGGAUCUUGCGAACUGUGGGCUUGAAGAUUUUCCAGCUGCAUUUAAAAAGGAUGCCACUAUGUCUGACGCGUGUGUCAACAAAGAAUGGAACAAAGUGGAAUUAAAACCUCAAGGAUCGGGAAUGUACCAGUCCACGGACACAGGCGAUCGCUGGAGCGAGUUGCUUCCCUCACAUGCUGAGACAAGUAACACAAAUAGCAGUGGUGUAUUGCCUCACCAGUGUGAUACAUCAGAAGAUGAGUUUAUUAGACAAUACUGGUCAUCAGAAUCAUUUCGGCCUGUAAAUGUCCAGGGUUCCAAAUUUAAUGUAGUCAGUGACAGAGAUCUCAAUGCACCCUGGUAUAGAGAUGAGUCUCCAGAGGUAGAAUGUUGUGCACCUUCCCACUUGCCAAGUCGUCCUAAAUUUACUGCUCAAGCAGCUGAAAAAAUUCUUCAGCACUUUGGACUUGAAAAGGAGGAUAUGGUGCAUCUCAAGUUUUUUCCGAAAGAGCAAUUGAAGCUUUCCAAUUUGCCCAAUGUCAUGCGGCAAAUACGUGAAGAAAAAGACAAGAGAAUGAUGGUGACAUAUCCGUCCAAGUUUUCUUCUGCUCCUUCAACUACAUCUUCUUUAGAGGGUUCGAGUGCACCUCGCCUCAAAGGCAUGAAUAAUGAAGAAACAUCCUCUCCUCCACCCAGUAAAAUGUUUGACUAUGGACAGCAAUGCAAAUACGAUGGCCCGGGUGAGGAUUGUGAGACUGAUGUUGGAAUAAGUGAAGGAGAUCAUAAACCUUGGAUGGCCAGCGUUGAAAGAGGUCAUGGUCACAAGCUGCUGAACAAUGUUUCAGAUUUAACAUGUCUGAAAUCAAAAUCUUCCUCUUCUGGAUCAGAUGAUCCUCUGGCACCUAUAAUACCCUUUCUAUCAUCAAACACCAAACCCAAGAAGUUUGGUGGUGUUCUCAGUGAUAGUAAAAAAGAAUGCGGUGAGAGAGAGCAGUUGCGUGUAAAAGGACAGGCUUCUCAGUUAAAGACUGAGCCAGUCGAGAGGCAGCAAGGGCAGCAACAUUCCCUGAACCCACUGCAGCAGCCAUCGCUUCAAAAACAUCUGGAGACACAGCAGCCACAGAAAGAGACGGACCCGCAUCUUCAGCAGAAACAAAAAAAACAAUCGCAACACGGUAAGCUCGAGAUAGCACCACAGCACCAGCGGAAAUUGCAAAAAAAACAAGAGCUGCAACUGAAGACAGAUGCUGAAGUUCCAAGCCACAUCACUGUGUUGCGACCUCAGUUUGUGUCGAGUGUGUCAGCUCCCUCCCCUACAUCACAGUCUGGCACUUGUGAGCUGCACACGUCGCCUGCAAAAGAAGACACAAAAUGUUUGCCCACCACAGCCAUGAUGCAAGAUUACUUGGCUUUUCUCCCCAGAGUCUUCCCUCAUACAUGUUCUCUGUGCACCAAACAAUGUGCUACAGCGUCGGAGUGGUUUAACCAUCAGCAAAGCAGCAUUCACACAGCUUCCUGCAAAACUCUUUGUCAAAAAUACCCUGCAUGGGAUGGGAGACUUGCUGGUCCAUACAGUUGCUUUUGCCAACCAAUUGCAUAUCAAAGAAGAAGAUCCUCACCGGACAGACACGUGGACAGGCAAUGUUCUCCAAGGCGCAGCAGGGAAAGACGUUAUUCACCCAGAAGAAGCAGGGACAGACGGUUUUCUCUGAGUAGAAGCCGGGAAAAGCGUUCGGCACCCACACGGGCCAGGGGUCGAUCCCUAUCAAGGCAGAGCAGGGAAGGAACUUCAUCUCCAAGGCGGGGUCAGGAGAGGUUGUCCUCACCACGGCGGAGGGAAUCUGCACGCGGACGAAGCCCUAAUAAACGAUCUCCACCGAGGAGAAGUCUUGAGAGACGAUCGCUGUCAAGCAGUAGUGCUGAGUCAGUGCGAAGCCCUGAUACAACAUCUCCCAUGAUUGGAAGCAAGGACGAGAGUGUAGAAAGCCUGCUGAAGAAACUGCUAGAACAAUCAGCAGGUCAUUUGAUUUCCAGUGAAUCGACCCUAAAUGCUGUUGUCAAAACUCUGGCUCCAGUCUUGCUGGCUAAAAUGGAAGAAAUGAAGCCCGCUUCAGGCACUAAAGAAUCUUCUUCUGCAGCUUCUGCUUUAAGAGCAAAGGAGGUUAUUUCCAGUGAAACUUUGACCACGUCAGAGAAAUUGAGGAGCAACUUUGAAAUGGAUGUUAGGCCUGAUGAACAUCCUUCAGCUGCUGCAGACUUGCCGACUUCCGCAGGGGGAGAGAGACCAACAAGACAAAGUGCUUCUUUACAGUCCGUGUCAGGCGAAAGUCCAUCAAACACUGAUGGAGGAACAGCUCAAAGAGGUGCUAUGGUUGCCACAAGUACUUCAACUUCAGUUACUGCAUUGAAUUUCAAGAGACCAGAAGACUGUGGAUCUGGUGAGACAGCAGACAUAUCUUUGGAAGAAGGAACCACAGGUGACAGAUCUGUUGAAGCAGUUGAGUCAGGUCCACUGAGACCAUCUGAGAUAGAAAAGAAGGAUGAUGGCAAACGGAGUCUUAUUGUAUAUGAUCUCAAGAUGCAUCAUCCAUCCCCAGUGUUAACAGUUGAUGGGGUCCAUGAGCCUCAAAGACAGUGGAAUGCAGAUGAGUUACAAGACAUUUCUAAGACAGUUCUGCCCCCAGAUGUUAAUCCAUGGUUGUUUGUUAAAACCUGGUCUACUAUGUGCCUCGAGUACAGACCAACAGGCAGUGAAAUGAAAAUGUUGUUGAAUAUGAUCACGACUCAGGGACAUCGCUCAAAGUGGGAUAUAUUUUGGAAGAAAUCCGAGGAUGCCCUUCUUCAGACAUCAAACAGGCUUAAAUCAGACGGUGCUGAUGAAGGCUAUCAGGAGUUGGUCAGAAGUGUUUGCCAGUUUGCUGAAGAGACUUGGCAGCAUUGUAAUAGUAUGCAAGAUUGCCUUGACAUGAGACAAGGAAAUCUCCCGGUUUGUAAAUUUCUCGGCGAUUUCAAGGCGGCGUAUGAGGCUGUGUUUGAGCUCGGAGAGCUCGGAGUGGUGCCCAUGUCCAAGUAUGAAAAAGCUCUUGUGGCUAGUGCAAUGCAGAGACUUGGAUCUGAGGUAAGGAAAAAGAUUGUGGCAAAUACGGAGGGCUGGCAGAAUCUGAACUGGCAACAGUUGUGUGAGCAUGCAGCUCGAUGGGACGUCCCGACAGGGAAGCUGCAGAGAACUGCGUCUAAGGUGGGAGGCAGGAAACGUAACAAUGCGAUGAUGGAAAAAAGAGGCACCAGAUAAGGAAGUAUGUGGGAUUUGAUAGCUAGCACGACAUUGCACAACAGAUUGUACAAUAAAGAGGAAGAUGCCAUAGCAUUACCAGUAUACUCAUGUUUCCUAUCACUUGAAAGAAGUACCGGUCUUUUCCUUGUUAAAGACGCCUCAUACCUCAAACCAUUGCACCCGAUUUGAUUCGUCUCUUUCAUUUGAUCCUCUAAUGAGUGAAACCGUCCUGGUUUUAUUUUGGCCUGGUUCUUGACUUGCUGACCCCCUAUGAGCCUUUCAGGACACUCAGAUCCUAGAGUGGGCCUGUGGUCAUCUGAACGGAACCUGGACUUUGGAGCAGAGUGGCUGAAUAGACCCAGAUGCUAAAGAAUAACUAUUUUGAGAAAAAAAAAAAAUUCUGCACUUGUUUUUUUAUGUGGUCGUUCUUUUUGUUGUUGUUUUUUUAAUUUUUUUUAUAUCCAUAUUCAUGUCUGUGUGUACAUACAUGCAAAUGCAAGUGAAAGUUUAUUUGCUGUACAAGAAACAUUCUAACAUGCUAUUUACAUCUUUCCCCUGCUGAGUUGUGAAUGUUCAACGCAUACAACCUAUUCAAUCAAAUUGUCACACUUCAGAUUUUAGACACUAAUGCUCCUAAUUCAGUUCAACAGUGUUUUCAUUUAUCUGUACAAAACAAUGCAGGUUCCUUUGGGAAGAUGUGUUUGAAUGUUGAAUGUGUAUA